AGGCAGCACCGCGCCAUGGCCCGCUACAGCCUCGGCAACCUCCUGGACUGGCUCUACGGCGGGGUGGACCCCAGCUUCGCGGGCAACGGGGGGCCCGAGUGCGCCGCCUUCCUCACCCCGCAGCAGCGCUUGCUGGAGAGCCUGGUCUUCCUCACCGUGGGCGUCCUGGAGAUCCUGGUGUCCCUGCGGAAAAUCAGGCGGCAGCUGCACUCCAGGGAGGAGGGAAACCAUCCGGCCCAGCAAUCCCAGGCCAAGCAGGAGAGCCUGGGCAAGAACCUGCUGCUGGUGGCCCUCUGUCUCACCUUUGGCCUGGAGGUGGGGUUCAAGUUUGCCACCAGGACGGUCAUCUAUCUGCUGAACCCCUGCCACGUGGUCACUAUGUUGCAGAUUUUUCUCCUCGCCUGUCCCCCAUGUCGUGGUGCAAUGGUUCUGUUCAGGUUACAGAUGCAUAUGUUAAAUGGGGCCCUCUUGGCAUUGCUGUUUCCUGUGGUUAAUACACGCCUGCUUCCCUUCGAGGUGGAAAUUUAUUACAUCCAGCAUGUGAUGCUCUAUGUUGUGCCCAUCUAUCUGCUGCGGAAAGGAGGUAUCUACACUGCAGAGCCACUUUGCAAUUUCUGGUGGGCUCUGUUAUCCACUGGCCUGAUGUUUGUCUAUCAUUUUAGCAUCUUACAGAUUUUGGGACUGGUCACGGAAGUGAAUUUGAACAACAUGUUAUGCCCAGCCAUCUCAGAUCCUUUCUAUGGGCCCUGGUAUCGAAUCUGGGCAUCUGGACAUCAGACUAUCAUGACCAUGGCUCAUGGAAAACUUGUAAUAUUGUUCUACAGUGCUGUCCCCGUCUUUAAAUAUAGUGUGGAUUUGCUUAGACUCCCAUCUAAGAAAAUAGACUGAAAUUUCUCCCUGGGGAGUAGCACUUACAGGAAGCGGAGGUACCUGUAUUCAUAUUGGAGAAGAAAGAGGAGAAUGAAAGGACAGUGUGUUAGUGUGUCAUGUCUGCUGCCCCUCCCUCCCCCCUCAAUAUUUCUUGCCUCAAAAGAUCUCUACAAUAGAGUGAGGAUUUUC